CAUCCAUGAACCAUUUACUUAAUGUAAGUUUGAAUAUGGGCUCACCGACAUACGUGGUCAGAAAAAAGCUAAAUAACCUGUUAGAAUUUGUCGGCCAGCACGCCAUACACAUAUACUUUAGACUCGUUAUUUGGUGCUCCAUUGCAGCAAGUAAAAUAUUACAAAGUUUUGUAUAAUGUAAGUGAAUGGAUUCCAAUGGAUUGUGUGAUUGUUUUUCCUCAUCGUGAUACCAUAGAGAUUACUGGAAAGUACUAUUGUCGGUCAGCCGGAUCAUAAAAUCUUGUCGAAUGCCAAUCACCGUCUGGAUACGGUGCUGCGAAUGGCGCAAAAUGCGACGACCCAGAUUAAUACCGGUUUUCAAACACCACAAGCGAGGACGGAAAAGGAGUUGCCCAAAGAUGUAAAAGCCACCGGGCUGGCUUUAUUCGAGCAACAAGUGGAUUGCUCCAGUGUGGUGGAUCUUUUUGGAGAUGGUCCGAUCCCCCAACCUUACCGACUCCGCUUCUCCUCCCCCGACGCGACAAUCAUGUUGCAUGAAAAUUUUACUCUAAUUGUCGAUCAGCAAGAGAAUGUCUCUGUAAGGGUUCAUCUGCUGCUCACAGCCGAAGUCUUGGUGAUUUGCAAGGUGUUGAAGAACGGGCGAUACUCUUUGAUGUACCCACCUUUGUUCGUUUCAGACAUCACCGCCAAAUCGAUUUCCUUGGAUCGUGAACUCAUGGGCGAAUAUCUCUUGCAACUUACAGUGAUGGGGCGAAAGACAUUGACAAUGCGCGCUGAUACACGUGAAAUUCGUAAUGUAUGGGUCGGCGUCGACGGAUCUGCUCCCAGUUCUACCACAUUGACACCACGACCCCUGAAGAAAACCGUACAACGGUUGCUUGAAUCCCCCGACUGCCCUGUGCCAUUUGAACUGAACCCACCAGCCACGGCCCCGUUGAACAAUAGCGCUUCUGCACCCAUACGCAAGGAAGAUCUAUUUUCAUUUUCUAACGAUCAUGGAGGAAUGAUAUCCCCGUUGGAGGAAUCGGAUGAUGAAGAAGAAGAUGAGCCCGUCAAGUCCAAGAAGCCCUUUGCUCGUGAUACCAUCAUGGAUCUUUACGAUGGUCAUUUGAAUAAUUUUGAUAUUGAUACCGCCCCUCCGCCUGUUCCAGAAAAGUUUACUCAACCAGCCAACAAGGACACAAAGCAUGAGUUGCCUGAAGAUAAUCUGGACACACUGCAACCACGAUCCAUUGAGAUCCUGCCUCACAUUCCGACCGAGCCGGCAUCCCGCACCGUCACCAACAAUAACCUGUUGCCAUCGUUGCCUAGAGAUGCGAAACCGCCUGCCGUCCCUCCAAAAGAAACACUCGAAGCCCAAGUUCAAAUGACAUAUAUUCAACCCGCCACGGCUCAGAUGACUACCAUGGUUACAACCAAGGCCGGUCCAUCCGAGACAGUUGACAGAAGAAAAGAUCCACCGACGCCAGCGGCUGUAAUGAAUAAACCUAUUGCUCAUCAGCCAUCCUCCGAAAGUCUUCGACAACGAUCGCCAGUGACUCCUGACAGCGGAGUGCCCCGUCCAGUAUCUCCUCGUCCCGCCGAAGUUCAUCAUGCGCCGGUACCAGUGGCCAUGUCGGCCGUGAUUCAAAAUAACGAGUAUUUAAAUCCCCAUCCACCCAAUCAAGCCCCUAAUUUGAUGGACAAAUCAAUCAAAAUGGAUAAUGCAGCCCCAGCCUCAACUCAAGCUCAAGGAGGGAACCGUACGUCUCCUGCGAUCGAUCCUUUGUCGAAAUCACCCUUACAACGGAGUAUGGUAGACCCACCACCUAGUUCAUCUGCGCAGAUGCCUAUAAACCAUCAAGUUCAACAUGGACGUCCACCCGCCCCGGUCAUGCAAUCGUCCUUGUCUUCAUCUACGGAACGGUUACCACCUAAUUCAUCACCUCGGUUACCUCCCCAGCAACCAGUCUAUCCGCCACAACCUCAUUCUCCACGGCCACUGGGGCAUCGUCAACCUGUGAACCCUCCUGUUGCUAACGAACUUGGACGGCACUAUUAUCCACCGGCAGCACACCCACCAAGGAUGAUCUCGCCUCCACCACGUCAAGGGUCUUCACCGUUAAUGGCUCCUCCACGAGUGCCGAUGGGUUCGCCGAGUUUGGGCCAGCCAAUGCAUCCUGUGGGCGUACCGCGCCCAGCACCGUCUCCUGUACCCAACGGCUAUGCCAUGCAGGCACCAUCGCCCGUCAUGCGGCCAAGCGAUCGUGCGCCAUCACCUCGCCCACCUAAUUCCGUCGCCUUGGAAAAUGAUCAAGCCAAUGCCGUGCGUCGUGUGUUGUUUAGCCAUAAUCAGUGCGAAGUGUUUCAUUGGAAGGAUCAGUCGUGGUACGCUGUGGAAGGCCAUUGCCUGCUUGAAGUGCGACAGGCAUUCAGCAAUCGUACGAGUGUUACAGUGCAGCUUCAGAAUGUGGGACAAAUGUACCUGAAUGCGUGGAUCCUGCCCACGACCGUGAUCCGUCGACCUUCCCAAACCGACGUGAGCAUAUCGGUGUUCAUGGGACCGAAGAAGGAAAAUUAUCUCGUGCAUUUUUAUAAUCCGAAUGAUUGCACGGCUUUUGCCAAUUUGUUGCAGCGACUGCAUCAGAAUGCUGUGCAAAUGGCCGCCGCCGCACCACCACCGCCUCAAUCUGUCCGGCCGGAAUCCUUGAUGCCUGAACGGGAAGAACUGGAUAUCGAAAGUUUGCCACAGUCGCUGAAGCCUGUCAUGCAAUGCAAGUGUAAAUUAUUUUCACAAAACGAAACUUCCAAGUGGACGAACUUUGGCAGCGUGGCAAUGCGAAUUUCACAACAGUUACCCAGCAAAAAGAUGCACAUUUACAUUGAAAAUGAUAAGAAUCGAUUAGUGAGUGCUAUUGUACGUAGUUCGAACGUGGAAAAGAUCAACAACAAGCGUCUCUCCUUUUUGUUGGUGAACGAACAAGACCGCACAAGCAUGGUGUACAUGAUCCACAUGCGCGAUGAAGAAACCAGUAAUAAAAUAUACCAUUACCUCCGGACGGUCAAUCAGUCCAAUGGAUGGUAAAAGCCGAAUCAAGUACUGUAAUAAACCUGAAUAAUAAAUCAUUGAAAUGUAAUCAUCCCAUAAAUUUCGCCUCUUUCACCAUUUUCUUCAUUGUGUGCUCUCCAAUCAAUAGAAUUCUAUGACGUUUUUCAUAAAAG